AUGAUUCCAAUUGGAUACAGUUUAGUGAAGUCGUCACAAAAAGAAUUCUUCAAAAGAAAGCUUCAGAAAGCCACCACAACUUCAGACAAGGUUCUGAAAGCAUCUUUAGCUGUAUCUCUAUUAACUCCUAAAGCCAAAGAGCCAUUCAGUAUUGCUGAAGAACUUAUUUUGCCAGCUGUAGGUAUGAUGGCUGAAAUAAUGCUGAAUCAAAAGACAGCUGACCAACUAAAAACACCUCCUUUAUCACACCAAACUGUCUCUCGCAGGGGAAGUGAAAUAAAUGCUGAUAUUCAGGAUCAAGUUGUGAAUAAACUGAAGGCAAGCCAGUCAUUUUCUCUCCAAGUUGAAGAAUCAACUGACAUCAGUGGGCAAGCUCAACUUGUCUCAUUUGUGAGAUAUAUUGAUGAAGAUGAUAUCAAGGAACACAGAAUUUUAGUACCAAAGACAAUGAGUUCACAAUUGCACGAGAUUCUGAAUGACGCCGUCAAAGCAAUCAACUUUAUAAAGUCAAGGCCACUUAAUACUUGUCUGUUUCACAGAUUGUGUGAAAGCAUGGGGUCAGAGCACACAGAACUAUUACACAGAUGUGCACUGGCUGUCUCGUGGGAGGAUACUCGCCAGAUUGAAACACUGAUAGAAGUGUGUGCGGACCGUGGCCUAAAACUGUUAUUUGAGAGAUCAAAUGUCACUUGCUUCUGGAGCUCUGUGAAGAAGGAGCAGCCAGACUUAGGAAAAAUUGCCUUCGAAAAACUUCUUCCCUUUGGAUCUACUUACCUUUGUGAGGCGUCUUUAUCCGCAAUAAGUGUUAUCAAAUCAAAACACAGAAACAAGUUGAAUGUCAACCUGAAACAAAGCCUGAUCAUUGCAGUAGACUCAAUACAGCCAAGCUCUGAUAAUACCAUCAGACCAUGGUAUGUCAAGUACUACAAAUACAACAUACUCCUUGUCUUGUGCCCCUGUGAAGGUUUUAUUAGGUUAGUAUUCCUGUGGAGUCCAGAGGGCCACAGCCCCCAACUAGAAGAAAAUAAGAUUCAUAAGUACUUACGACUUGAAAGCAUCCAUAAUGAUCUUCUGGGAGAAGAUAAACAGCAGUACAAUCAGAUUACUCAAGUUGAACGAGCUCUCACGAGAAUAACAGCACAACCCUUGAAGUCAAGAGAGCAACUGGAGUGUGAGUGA